UGCAGCAAGAGGAGUCGCAGGAGAAAUGGGGAGAACUGGGCAGGGAGGGGAGCUGCACCCUGGGGGAACUGGGAUGAACUGGGGACGGAACAGGAGCCGCAUGUCAGAGGAACUGGGAUGAACUGGGCAAGGGCAGCAGCCGGAGCCAUGAAGUGCCAGGUGAGCCCCCGCCUGCUGCUGCUGCCCGUCCUGGCGGCGCUGGCGCUGCUGGGGCUGCGGGUGCAACGCUUCGCCGAGGAGCCCGUCACCACCGCGCCCCUCCUGCCCGGCCCCGACCGAGACGCCGUCGACCCGCGGCACCGCCCCGCGGCGGCUUUCCAGUGGCACGGGGCGCCGGAUUCGCGCGGCAACGUCACGGUGAAGCCGGCCCCCACGCGGCACCCGCUGCAGCCCCCCUACCCUUACCCCUACCGCUUCCUCCUCAACGAGCCCCACAAGUGCCGGGAGCGGACGCCCUUCCUGGUGCUGCUGGUGGUGACGGAGCCGGGGGACAUGGCCGGCAGGAACGUCAUCCGGCAAACCUGGGGCAACGAAAGCUCGGUGCCGGGGGUCGCCAUCCUCCGUCUCUUCCUCCUCGGCGUCCACCCGGUGUUCGGGCAGGAGCUGCGGGCGGUGCUGGAGGAGGAGAGCCUUCUCUACCACGAUCUCCUCCAACAAGACUUCUUGGACACCUACAACAACCUGACGUUGAAGACGUUGAUGGGCAUGGAGUGGGUGAGCAAGCACUGCCCCAACGCCAGCUACGUGAUGAAGGCCGACCGCGACGUCUUCCUCAACCUGGGUUACCUGGUACGACGGUUCCUGGUGCCCCCCAAGAAGAAUUUCAUGACGGGUUACAUCUACCGCAACACGGGGCCGUUGCGCAGCAAAGCCUACAAGUGGUACGUGCCCCCCGAGGUCUACCCCAACACCACCUACCCGCCCUACUGCGGCGGACCCGGCUACGUCUUCUCCGGCGAUUUGGCCGGCAAAAUCUACGCCGUCGCCCAAACUUUGCCCGUCAUCAACAUGGAGGAUUCUUUCGUGGGCAUCUGCCUGCACGCGCUGGGCGUCAGCGUUACCGGCAGCCCCUGGGGCGUCUUCAAUAUGUACCGGCUCGAGUACGAGAAGUGCCGGUUCUCCCGGCUGGUGAUGGUCCAUCACUACCAGCCCCAGGACCUGCUCAAGGUCUGGCCGCACUUCCAGAAGGCAAACGUGACGUGCCAGAGCUAGCCACGGCCGGAGGGCUGAGCCGUGCCGGGGCAUCCCCCGUCCCCGGCGGUGGGUACCGUGUCCCCUCCCCGUGCCAGGACCCGCCGGCUUCACUCCCUCCGUUGACUUUCUGGCCAGUGUCCGGCUCUCGAGCAGCCGCUCGGGGCCAUCUCCAAACCUCAGGUCUCUUCGGGGGGACCCCCACCCCUCCGCCACGGACAGAUUUCCACCCCAGAUUGAGCCACGGGCUGGUGCCGAGGGUUUCGCUCGUGGCACCGGCUCCUCCACUUUUUUAAUAUUAUUAUUGAUUUGGGUUGGUUUUGGUUUUUUUUUUUUUGCACUGAGCCUGCUAGGCUCAGGGGUUGGGGAUCACGCCGGCGGUAAAGCUGUGCCCACGUUAAAUUAUAACCACCGUCUGUAAUAAAAAGGGCUGGAGCCAGCCAGAACAAGCUCGCCAGCCUCCUCCUCUCUCCCGGUGCCGGCACCGCGCCUCGGUCACCCACCGGCACGAACCCUCCGCCAUCUCCUCCCGUCCCGGGGCUCCUGCAACGCCGGCGGCGGAGACGCAACGAGAUCGCGGCGCUGAGAAGGGGCCGCUAUCGCCGAAAGGCCGGCUCCAGCCCCGGUGUUUGCUUUGGCUGUUGACUCAUCGGGGCGGUAACAGGUUGCACUUGGGUCCAGCUCUGCCGUCAGCACGGAGAGAAGCAGAAACGCCGGUGCAAGAUUUAGUCAAAAGGCACAUGCCGCACGCCAGAGGAGGCACGUUCACGUGCGUACAAGGUGCGUGUGGUGGGACGGCACCGGUGCAACGACCGAUAAGGCUCCGGGGUGGUUCUGGUGCCGCUUAAAGGAGCUGAAGAGGCAGCUCUGGACUUAUUUUUGGUGAAAAAGGCGCAAUUUUGUAGCCCAAACGCCAGCUGCCCCCCCCCCAGCUUUGGUGUAACCUGGCAGCUGCCUGCACCUGAGAGGAGCCGCUCCGCACCGUCGGUUCCCCGGGCCGGCACACGGCAAACACCGCCCCACCUUGCCCCACAAUGGCGAGUAAACCGAAGCCGCUCGUGGUUUUUUUAAUUCCUGAUGAAGAAUGCUGUAAUUACGGGCAGGAGCUGGCAGGACCAGGAAGUCACCACAGGGAUUUAUUUACACCAGGAAGUCCCCGCCGUGCACAGUCGCCCAAAAAACCCUCUCGCCAGGCUCAAGCGUCCUUCCUUGAGGGCUCCACCGCGCACCGAGAACUCGGCGGCUCUGCCCGUUACCCACCGCGGCGCCGGAACGGGGGCAGCCCCCUCGUGCCGCAGGUCCGGGGAGCCGCCGUCAUCUCCGGCGCGGUGGUUUAAUCGCCGGCAAAGGCGAUAAUUUGGUCUUACCCGAGGCUGGAGCCAGCCCAUCUCGCUCCUCCGCUGGGCUCGGGCUGCCGCUCCCCUGGCCAAAGCCCCUGGGGGGGUUUAGUCUCAAACCCGAGAAUUUAAGGUCAUUAAAAUUACAGAAAGCGGAGACUAUCCUGAAUUUAGGGG